AUGUCGGCCCCAGAACAGACUGGACCGGAGAGUGCUAUCGAUCGGGAGCAAAGGAAAGGUCUUGAGAAGAUACGAGCCUUCUUGAAAGUGAGAACGAGUUAUGAUGUUCUACCUUUGAGCUUUCGUUUGAUCGUGUUCGACACAAGUCUUUUAGUCAAGAAGAGCCUGUCCAUUCUCAUCCAGAACGGUAUGUUUCCCAGCCAUGUCUUUAGGCAUGUGCAGUAUGAAGCUAAGAAGACAGGCAUUGUAUCAGCACCCCUAUGGGACUCAAAAACCUCGACCUUCGCGGGUCUUUUGACAACGUCAGACUAUCUCAAUCUGAUCCAGUACUACUGGCAAAAUCCCGAGGCUGUGAGCAGGAUCGAUCAAUUCAAGCUAAGUAGCUUGCGAGAAAUAGAGAAGGCCAUUGGUGUGCAGCCACUGGAAACAGUCUCGAUCCACCCACGGCGACCUCUAUAUGAGGCAUGUCGUUGGAUGCUAGAAUCAAGGGCACGCCGAAUACCGUUGAUCGACAUUGAUGACGAGACCAGACGAGCGAUGGUCGUGAGCGUUGUGACACAGUAUCGCAUCCUUAAAUUUGUAGCUGUCAAUGUCUCGGAGAUCACAAUGCUCCGCAAGCCUCUAAGAUAUCUGAAGCUUGGGACCUACAAGGAUUUGCAGACCGCCCGGAUGGAAACGCCAGUGUUCGAGGUCAUUCAUAAACUUGUCAACUACUCUAUUUCAAGUAUACCAAUCUUGAACACUGAUGGUGUGGUCACAAACGUCUUCGAGGCUGUUGAUGUUAUCACUUUGAUCAAAGGUGGCAUGUAUGAUGAGCUUAAUCUGAGUGUGGGUGAAGCGCUGCAAAAGCGCCCCGACGAUUUCCAAGGCAUCUACACCUGUUCGAUUGACGAUAGUCUUGAUACAAUUUUUGACACAAUUCGUAAGUCACGAGUUCAUCGAUUGACCGUUGUGGACGAAGAGAAUCGUCUUGCGGGACUCUUAAGCUUGAGUGAUAUAUUAGAGUAUAUUCUCCUAGAAGGCGAGGCUGAGGAUGAUAAAAAGGAGAAACGCUCGUCGUUGGAUAACCUAGUCAUACCUGGCAGAACACGGCUGCCGUCGCACAAAGCAGAAUCAUUCGAUAUUCAACUCACCCAUAACCUCCUCAAGUCGAGUAUGGCGCAGUUGCCAGAACCUUCAGCAAAGUCUGAAGCAAAGUCGACGCAGGGGCAUCACCCACCCAUGAAUAUAGAAAUAGGCCAAGAAUUGCGCCGGAGCAAUGAUGAAAUGCUCUCGGAUAGGCUAGAUGGUCAUGCCUUUGAAGAGCUGGUAAUACCGCACCGCCGUACAAGAAGCCCCAGACUGGGCUCAAACAAUCCCUACCGUCCGCGACCACCAGCAGUGCCGCUGGAGGCGCAGACUUAUGAUGGUGCUGGAGACAAAAUUUACGACUCGCGCGUGACAAGUACUUCCUGGAGUACCGUCAGCAGGGUCAGCCAUCGCGUAUUCUCGGACUCGUCUGCUGCGCAUUGGAAAUCUGCCAGCGCAAAAUUCAAUAUCGAAUUCAACAAGCCCAAUGAAGACAGCUCCUCGAUCCAGAGUACCUCAAAAGACCACAAACAUGGCUGGUUCGCUCGCAAGCUUUUCCCGCGUCCGUCCCUCACACAUACGUAUAAGGCAAAGACGACGUAUAAGCCCGUUUCACGCAAGAUGAGUUUUAGUAGGGCACCUUCCUUCAGCGACGAUGGCCGCAAAAACAUCCUAGAGGGCAAAACCCUUGAGGAAAUCUGUCGACUCGGCGGGCUAAGCGUCUUGACUUUGCCUCCUAAAUAUAGUGUCGGGAGCUUGAAUUUGCCCACCUGUCUUUCUGUUGCUGGAAAAUUUCUAUUGGAGCAUGGUGUCAAUGCUCCAGGUUUGUUUAGAAUACCUGGCCAGUCCGCUGUCGUAAACGCUUUGUACGACUACUACGCAAAUCAAUUUGGGAACGCUGGAAGUCCCACCAAGGUACAGGCUACUGUGCAACCCGGUCAACUGCCAUUGCAUGUGGAUUCUACGCUUGCGGACGUAGCAUCGUUUUUCAAGAAAGUUGUCAAGGGCUUACCUGGCGGCCUUCUCGGAUCACUUGAGCUAUUUGAGGCGAUUCAAGGCAUCUUUCUCAAUCUCCAACGAGUCCCUUCUCUCACAGACCAACAGAUGACUAUGCUGAGAGCGAAACUUAUCGCUUUAGCCAUACUCUCAGUACCCUCAUCUCCUCGGACGAACUUAAUUCAGGCGCUCUUAGGGCUAGUCGCUCACUUUGGUGAUGAGGCCAAAGCAGCUCGCAAUCCCGCCUCGAAAAUCCUAGACGGGACAAGAGAUGACGGUUCUCGCCCAGAGCUGAUGGAUCACCAAUCGCUGGGCGUGUGCCUAGGCCCUUUGCUUGUUGGCGACCAAUUUGACCAUGCUGACCGGUUAGAGGCAGAUAAUGAACGGAAUUCUCGUUCAAGAGCUGAAUUUGACAGUAAAACCAGCAAGAAAAAGCGCUCCGCCGCCGAUAAUAAGCUUGAGACAAGUGAAAACCUUGCGAAGCAGGUGAACCGCGCUAAUCUGGCAGCGAACGUCAUGCAGCUUCUCCUAAUAGUCUGGUCCGAGGUCGUCAAGCAGCUCCGGAUUCUGGUCAAACGCAGAAAUGUGAUUGGGCUUCAUAAUAAUUCUCAACGUGACCGCACCGCUAUUCCUAGGGGCAGCAAGUACUCUAUCCAGGUUACGGAUGAGGAAUUACUCUUCUUGGAUAUUUUAAGAGGUCGCAAGCUCUCCGAAGAUUACCCUUUCGAUGUUCUUGUGAAACGAAAAGUCAAGGCUAAGACCAGAUCGUCAAUACCUGGCAUUAACGCCAAGUCUUCUUGCAAUUUUCGUCCAGGAAUAUCCCUGCUUACGAACAAGAAUGACGACUCACUACUUGAAAGUCAGGACAUUCGCAAGGAAGAAUUGGCCACGAAGUCCACAAACAAUCUUUCUUCUUUGUCUACUUCAAAUCAGGAUCUCCGUCCCCUAGACCAGGCUGAACAAGCGACAUGGACGCCUGUGAUUGAGAGGAGUCACUAUUGUGCAAGCAGUGAUGAUGACAUGGCAAUGGGGCAAUUUCUUCCUCCCAAGAAGUCACUACCCCGUUCUACAAAGUCGGCAUCGAGCAGUCUGCGUCGAUCCGCCACUCGAACACCAGCAUCUCGAGACGCAAGUCUGCAAGGAUUUCACAGAUCGACGGCCUCGACUCCUGCAGCGGGGAGGAGUAUGGUAGUCUUGGCUUUUCGGAGCAGCCCAAACUCGACUCACCGCCAUGCACGUACUCUCGAAAAGCCCCUGCCUCCUAUGAAAAUAGGUCUGCCUCCACCACCGGUAGAGCCAUCUUCGAAACGCCGACCAUCUCUCCCAUCACGAAAGUCCCAGUUGGAAGUCGAUGAGAAAGGAUCGCAACCAACAGUCGAAGGUGCAUCGCACAACUCAGAGGGUGAUCAGCCAUUUGAAGCCAACAACCGCCCAGAAAACUCUUCUGCCGACGUCAGACAACCGCCAAUCGAUGGAGUAAAUUGUGCUGACCCGUCUAUACACGUGCCUAGCCAGAGAAGGGACCCAUCAGAUCCCAAAGUGACUCCUCACCACCCACCAUCAAGUAGCACUACUCUUUUAGUUGCGCAGUCUUCGUCUUCUGAAGACCCUUUCUUCUCAAUUUCUAGCAAUAGCACCCCCCAACCGAAAGAAUCACUGAUACCAAAACCAAAGACCAAUCUUGGACGCGUUCGUGAUAGCUCAAGCCGGUCGCCUUCUCCUCCGAAACGGAAAUCUGUAUACAACAUCAUCGACAACAAUGCAACUAGCUCGGAUAACGUAGUUGGCGAGUCACCCGUUUGUACAUCCUUGCCAUAUGAUGAGAAUGGUAAGCACAGCAGUGAUAAAGGAAGCACUCCCCGCAGAGCGCUCCUCGGCUAUUCAACAGGCUCUCCAAAGCCAUUUGACAAAAUGCAAAUUGCUCGCUAUGUUCAUAGGCCUACUCGAUCAUCAGAUUACGCUCCACCUGCAGCUCCUGAAACCAUUCUCACUAGUGUCCGCAGCAACUCCAACAAUGCUACACUUUACGCAGAGAUUACCCGGCUCAAAAAGCAGAACGAACAGAGAGAGGAAACAAACAACGCUUUGCGCCGGAGCUUGGAUGCUGCACGGGCGACUAAGGAAGAAGGACCACCGCCAGAGGGAAGUGGAAAUCCUAAAGUGAGUUACGAAGCCAACAAGCGAGGUAGCUGGAACAAGGGCACCCUAAGCGAGAAGAUCAGGGAUGCGCAACAGGAACGCGACCAUUGGAAGCAGAUCGCUGAACGAGGGAGGAGAAACGAAGACUAUUGGAAGCGAAAAGCCGAGACGCAGGAGAGAAAAUUGAGGGGGCUCAGACGGGUGGGCGAAGAGAUGGGACGACGGAUGGACAAGAUAUCAACUCCGCAGAGCGCAGAGGAGAGGAAUGGCAAGAGUUGGAUUGUUGAAGAGGGGGAGGGUUCGUGGAUACAGAUAAGCAAUGGUGAAAGGAAGUCUGGUGAAGACGGUGCUAUAAAGGAAGGUUAG